AAAAUGGUUUUUAUUUUUAUUGCAGAUACAAAAUUUCAGCUGGUGCUUCUUCAACUGUUGGGAUAGCAAAUGUUGGGGCAAUGUGCACAGUGCAAAGUGUUUCUGUUGUUGUUCAAAAUGGAGGUUUCACAGAAGUCUUAAUUGCUGCUCAUGAAAUUGGACACAGUUUGAACAGUAAACAUGAUGGAAUUGACAACGAGUGUCUUGAGAGUGAUUCCUAUAUUAUGUCAGCAAGUGUUGUGAAUAAUCAAUCACCAUCACAAAAACUGAACAGUUUUCUAUUCUCUCCCUGUAGUAUCAAUACAAUGAAAAGAUUUGUGCAAGAUCUGUCAAAUAACUGCUUGGAAAAUCCAGGAAAACUAUUUAAUGAUAUACCCACUGUUAGUAGACCUACUGGACAAGUCUACAGUCCUCAAGAACAAUGCAGGACAUUCACUGGUUCUACAGGACUUUGCUCAAUAUUUUUCAAUCAGAGUUUAUCUCAGCUGUGUUUAAAUUUACAAUGUCUGGAAGGUGCCAAUUCCUGUAGAGAGCAACAUGCUGCACAUAAGACAUCGUGUGGAAGCAAAAAGUGGUGCGUAUCUGGAAAAUGUGUAUAUGAUACUGCAGCCCCUAAAAUAGAUGAGAAAUGUCCAUUUGGAGAUAAUGAGAAUCUUCGGUUUACGGUGAUAUUUCCAGGCAGUGACAAAACGAUUGUACCAUCAAAUUGUAGACAACUUUUAGAAUUGGUUCCAGGAGUUUGUGUUAAUCAGGCACAAAGGGCCCAUUGCUGCAAAACAUGUAAUCCAGACAAAGGUAGGAAACAAAAUUGAAUGUGGAACCUGAGGAAAGUAGAGGUGGUUUGUGUGAUAAAGAUUGUCUUUG